UUGUUGCAACAAGCAGAAUGACUACCAGCACGGACGUCCUGGCUUUGCUACAGAGGCCCCUGGAACCUACGUUCUAUCCGAAAGAUGACGGCAAAACCGUGGUGGAACUGCCGGAACGAUAUCUCUCCGACCGGUACCGCCCACUUGGUAUUGAUUUGCAAACCCGUUUCGGUGAUAACGUGGACGUGAAAAUCCCGGUACGGGACGUGGGAAUUCCGGAUAUUGCGUUUGCGGAAGUGAUAGAUCGCCGGGGAGCAUUUUCGGUGUUCAUUCCGAAGCAUCGGCAGAUUGCGGCGCAGUUGAUCGAACUUUUUAUGAAACAGCCGAACAUUCCAGCUCUGAUUGCGGUAGCAUCGUACUGCCGAGAGCGAUUGAAUGUCUAUCUGUUUCAGUAUGCGUUUUCGGUGGCCGUGCAGCAUCGUGAGGAUACGAAAAAUGUUAACUUGCCAUCAAUAUUGGAACUGUUUCCGGAUCAUUUCGUCGAUCCAUCUGUGUUUCCGAAGUUACGUGAAGAGGGAAAGGUGGUUUCGCAAUCGGAUAGGAUUGCAAUUGAUAUACCGAUGAAUUAUACGGCGUCGGACCGGGAGAAUGAGCAGCGGAUGGCUUACUGGCGUGAGGAUAUUGGAGUCAACCUACAUCACUGGCACUGGCACUUGGUGUAUCCGACGUCGGGUCCGGUGGAGAUCAUCAAUAAGGAUCGUCGAGGAGAAUUGUUUUUCUAUAUGCACCAGCAACUUAUUCAUCGGUACAAUGUUGAACGCUUCUGUAAUCGGCUAGGGAAGGCGAAGUCUUUCCAAAACUUCCGAGAACCUAUUGAUGAGGCCUAUUUUUCGAAAAUGGUUAGAAGUGCUGAUAAUAGAGCAUACGCUUCGCGUCCGGAGCGCAGAACGCUGAAGGACAUUGAUCGUCCCGACAUGGAUAUGAAGUUCACAAUUUCCGAAAUGGAACUAUGGCGGGAGAGAAUCUAUACAGCAAUCGAUUCUGGAUUUGUAGUCGAUAAAUCUGGAAAACGAAUUCCGUUGGAUAACAAAACCGGUAUCGACAUUUUGGCAAAUCUACUGGAGGCAUCGGAUUUGACAAUCAACUCAGCACUGUACGGGAACCUGCACAUCGCCGGUCACAUAGCAAUUGCUUUCUGCCAUGAUCCUGACAAUCGUUAUUUGGAACCAUUCAGUAUCAUGGGGGAGCUAUCGACGGUUCAAAGAGAUCCUGCCUUCUAUCUUUGGCAUUCUUUCGUCGAUGAUAUUCUAGUUCGUCAUAAAGAUUCGUUGACUCCUUAUACUGCGGCCGAUCUUACUUUCCCAGGCAUUAGCGUCACAGAUUUAAACGUAAUGUUGAAUCGGGCAAAUGUUGUGCCGAAUAUUCUGCUUACCUAUUGGCAACGGUCGCAAGUUGAUUUGGCUGCCGGAUUGGAUUUUGGUCCUAGAGGAAAUGUGUUUGCUUCGUUCACUCAUCUGCAACAUGCACCGUUCAUGUACAACAUUAAAGUAAAUAACAGCAACAGAAGCCGGUCUCGAGGAACAGUUCGUAUUUUUAUGGCACCGAAAACGGAUGACCGCAAUACGAUUUUGAAGUACGACGAAUGGAGACGUUACGUCAUUGAGCUAGACAAGUUUAUGGUUACUUUGAACCCGGGAGCGAACAACAUCUCUCGACGCUCCAACCAAUCCAGCGUGACGGUGGCCUACAAUCGAACAUUCCGUCAAAUCAAAACCGAAGCUCACCUUCCUAACAAGGACGAUUUGGAGCAAUUCCGCUUCUGUGGAUGUGGCUGGCCAGAACAUAUGCUAUUGCCGAAGGGAACUACGGAGGGCAUGGUGUUUGAUUUAUUUGUUAUGAUAUCCAACUAUUCUGGUGAUAGUAUUGGUCAGGAGUUCGACGAGAACGUAAAUUGUAAUGAUUCUCACUCUUUCUGUGGAUUACGAGAUAAACUUUAUCCGGACGCUCGGUCAAUGGGUUUCCCGUUCGACAGGAAAUCUCCCGCGAUGGUGCAAGCUUUGCAGCAGUACAUGGCUCCCAACUCGAAUAUGCGGGCCACCGAUAUUACGAUCAAGUUUCGAAAUACGGUUAUUGCAAGAACUUGAACGCUCCACCGGUUUUGUUUUGUUUCUCACGAAUAAAAUAUUUUCCAUCAUAGCGGUAUUGUAGUAAAU